AUGGGUGGAAAGAUUGAUUCCUCAAUCAAUAGAGGAAAUGUUCCAUACAUUUUUAGACUUAGCGGUCAAAAUUAUCAUAGUAUCGGAAGCCUUUUACCGGAACGGGGGUUAAAACCAAAAUUCUCUCAGUUGUACAUAUACGAUACUGAUAAUGAGAUCGCGAAUAGACGGACAUGUUUUGGUGGAGAGAAUCAACGAUCUACGUCAAAUUCUUCUAUCCUUGAUAACGAUAUUAUACAAGAUUUGAAGUUGAUGUUGGAUUCAAAUAAUGUCUUGGUUCAGUCUUAUAGAAUGGUUAGGGAUUGUUUUCAUCAAAACCCUCAUGUUGAUAUCAAGUUGAGACUUAUUGGAAGAAGGGACCAUGAUGGAAGGAUAUACAACCUACCAUCUGCUUCUGAGGUUGCCGCUUUAAUUGUUGGAGAUAUUGGUGAUUCAAUUGAUAAUAGAGAUAUUGUUGUUCAAACUUCAUCAGGUUCUCUACGGCGUAUUAGUGAAUUACAUCCAUCAUACCUUCCUCUUCAGUAUCCACUAUUGUUUCCAUAUGGUGAUGAUGGUUACAGGGUUGACAUACCACAUCGAGGUGUUACACCAAUAAGCAACAGCAAGAGGCCCAAUUGUACAAUGAGAGAGUUUUUUUCUUAUAGAAUACAAGACAGGGAUCAAUAUUUUUCACUAAUUCUUAAUUCAAAAAGGUUGUUCCAACAAUUUUUGGUUGAUGCUUAUACUAUGAUUGAAAGUGAGAGAUUACAUUUCAUAAGGAGCAAACAACAAAUUCUUAGAUGUGAGUCUUAUGAAAAGUUACGUACUCAACAGAACCUAGGGAAUAAAGAUAUAUCCAACGUUGGACAACGUGUAAUCUUACCUUCUUCAUUCACUGGUGGUGCACGUUAUAUGAUGCAAAACUACCUUGAUGCCAUGUCCUUAUGUAAAUGGUUUGGAUAUCCUGAUUUCUUCAUAACCUUUACAUGUAAUCCAAAAUGGCCUGAAGUUAAAAGGUUUCUUCAAAACACUUCACUAAAUCCUGAAGAUAGACCUGAUAUCUUAUGUAGGCUAUUCAAAAUAAAGCUCGAUUCUUUGAUUAAAGACAUACGGGAGAAUAAAAUUUUCGGCAUUGUUCAAGGAGUGGUCUAUACGAUUGAAUUUCAAAAAAGAGGUUUGCCACAUUGUCAUAUUUGUCUGUUUAUGCAUGCUGACUCCAAGCGGCCUACUGUUGAAUAUAUAGAUCCGAUUAUUUCUGCUGAGAUUCCAAAUACCAAUGAAGAUCCAGAAUUGUAUUCACUUGUAAGUGAAUUCAUGAUACAUGGUCCUUGUGGAGCUGAAAAUAUGAAUUGUCCAUGCAUGGUUGACAAACAAUGUUCGAAAAAUUUUCCAAAGCAAUUCUGUGAUCAUUCUUCGGUUGAUGUCAACGGUUAUCCCUUAUAUAUGAGAAGAAACAAUGGAUAUUUUGUCGAAAAAUCAGGUGUCAAGUUAGACAACAGAAAUGUUGUUCCAUAUAACAAAUAUCUGUUGAAAAGAUAUCAGGCACACAUUAAUGUUGAAUGGUGCAAUCAAGGAUCUUCCAUAAAGUAUCUGUUUAAAUAUAUAAACAAAGGUCCAGAUAGAGCUACAAUUGCUGUUGACAUCAACGCUGAUUCUAAUCACGAAAAGGUUGUCGAUGAAAUAAAAGAUUAUUAUGAUUGUAGAUAUAUAUCUGCAUGUGAAGCAUCAUGGCGAAUAUUUAAAUACGAUGUUCAUUACCGAUAUCCUUCUAUGAUGCGACUACCUUUUCAUCUUCCUGAUCAACAACAACUCAUAUAUGCCGCAGACGAUGAUAUUGACGAUGUUCUUGAACAACCUUCAGUUGCUGCUUCUAUGUUCACAUCUUGGAUGGAAUGUAAUAAAAUUAAUAAAGAUGCACGAAAACUUACAUAUGUUGAAUUUCCUACAAAGUUUGUUUGGAAACCUGAUGAUAAGUUGUGGAAGCCAAGGAAAAUUGGACGUUCAAUAGGAAGGAUUCACUCUGUUUCACCUAAACUUGGCGAAGUGUACUUCUUACGGAUUCUUUUAAAUAAAGUGAAAGGUCCAAAAUCAUUUGAAGAAAUUCGCACGGUAAACGGUGAAGAAUUUCCUACUUUUCGAGAUGCAUGCUAUGCUUUGGGCCUCUUAGAUGAUGACAAAGAAUAUGUUGAUGCAAUUAAGGAAGCGAGUCAUUCAGGAACUGGUUUUUAUCUUCGUUUCUUGUUUGCUACAAUGUUAAUGUCUAACAGUUUGGGUAGACCAGAGUUUGUUUGGGAAAAUACAUGGCAACACUUGUCAGAUGGUAUUCUUUACAACCAACAACGUAGAUUAAAGUCUCCAGGUUUAUCACUCAACGAGGAUCAACUCAAAAACCUGACUUUGUUCGAGAUCGAACAGAUUUUACUUCGUAACAACACGAGUCUUAAAAAUUAUAAACAAAUGCCUUACCCUGAUUCCGACACAGUUUCUUCUUCAACAAAUCGACUUAUCAUGGAGGAGCUGGAGUAUGACACAACGCUUUUAAAGAAAGAGUUUGAUAGUAUGUUUCAUGCAUUAACAAACGAGCAACACAAUAUUUUUCUUGAUAUCAUGACUACAGUCAAUGAUAAUAAAGGAGGUGUGUUUUUUGUUUAUGGAUAUGGUGGAACAGGCAAAACCUUUCUUUGGAAGACGUUAUCUGCAGCAAUUAGAUGUAAUGGUGAUAUAGUUUUAAAUGUUGCUUCAAGUGGUAUUGCAUCUUUAUUAUUGCCUGGAGGUAGGACAGCACACUCUCGGUUUAUAAUUCCGUUGAAUCUUACCGAGUAUUCUGUUUGUAAGAUACCGCCUGAUAGUGAACUCGGCAGAUUAGUAAGAAAAAGUUCAUUGAUUAUUUGGGAUGAAGCACCUAUGGUCCACAAACAUGCAUUUGAAGCUUUAGAUCGAGCUCUGAGAGAUGUAUGUAAGUUUGAUAAGUCUACCAACUCACAUAUUCCAUUUGGAGGGAAAGCAAUUGUUUUUGGAGGAGACUUCAGACAGAUUCUACCUGUUGUUCAAGGAGGUAGCAGACAAAAUAUCGUUAAUGCUUCUUUAAGCUCUUCAUAUAUAUGGCAACAAUGCAAAGUCCAUAGAUUAACAAAAAACAUGAGACUAACCGUUGGAAAGGAUCCAUCUGAUAUUCGAAAAAUACAAAAUUUUGCAAAAUGGCUUUUGGACAUAGGAGAAGGAAAAGUUGGUGGUUUGAACGAUGGUGAAGCGAUUAUUGAUGUUCCGGAUGAUAUUCUAAUUAGUGAUCCACAUGAUCCUAUAGGUUCAUUAAUUGAGUUUGUAUAUCCUUCAAUCUUGGAAAACUUCAACGGUACGAGUUAUUUUCAAGAAAGAGCUAUACUAGCUCCAAAAAAUGAAGUUGUCCAACAAAUCAAUGAUCGUUUGUUAGCAUUGUUUCCCGGAGACGAAGUAGAAUAUUUAAGGUCAGAUACUCUUUGCCAAUCAGAGUUUGUUCAUGAUCAGUUUGAUCCCAAUUUAUACUCCCCGGAUAUUUUAAAUGGUCUUAAGGUAUCAGGUUUGCCAAAUCACAAGUUAAUUCUAAAAGUCGGUGUUCCAGUUAUGUUACUAAGAAACAUUGAUCAGAAAAAUGGAUUAUGUAACGACACUAGACUACAAGUGAAAUCUCUUGGCAAACGUGUUAUUGAGGCAAUUAUAAUAUCUGGAACUAAUAUCGGAAAGCAAACAUUUAUUCCAAGAAUGUCUUUAAGUCCAUCUGAAAAAAAAAUUCCUUUCAAAUUUCAAAGAAGACAAUUCCCAUUGGCUGUAUGUUUUGCAAUGACAAUUAAUAAAAGUCAGGGGCAAUCGUUAUCAAAGGUUGGUCUGUAUCUCAAGGAUCCUGUUUUUUCACAUGGACAACUGUAUGUUGCCUUAUCUAGAGUUCAGAGUAGAGAAGGACUGAAAUUGUUAAUUUUAGAUAAGGAUGGUAGACUUACAAACAAAACUUCAAAUGUUGUGUAUAAGGAAGUUUUUAGAAAUUUAUAA